AUGCCAGAGGAGGAAUCAGACUGCACUAUGGACGUUGAGGCCCACGUCACAGAAACACUGAAGAUGAUUGAGGAAUCAGAUUGGUGCAUGGACAUCGAGGCGGACGUCACGGGAGAGCUGACGUCGAAGGAGGAGUCAGACUGGUGCAUGGAUAUCGAGGUGGACAUCACGGGAGAGCUGAUGCCGGAGGAACAAGACCACUUUAUGAAUGUUGAUGCGGACGACAUGGAAAUCAUGCUUAUUGAAGAGGCAGUUCAAGACGUCGUCGACCCAGAGGUCUUCGAUGAAGCCAAUCAGAUGCAGGUGGAUAAACUGUACUAG